CGUUUGGUCUACGCGGCCCAGUCGAACGCAAGACGUACAUGGAGCAGAGGGGAAAGUUUUGAUCCCUCGACAGGAUGUCUCUUCAUUUGCUUAAAAAUCAUUUGACAAGUUUUGAAAAUUUUUUGACAAAAGUCUUAGGUCCAAACUCAACACACAUGUUGAGAUAUAGAAAAAAGAUAAAUUCAGCGUAUAAAUAUUAACGUACUGAUCACAUCUGAAUUUGUCUUUUCUGUUUUACAAUGAUUCGGUCGAAUUUGAACUUGAUUUUUGUUGUACAGAUAAAUAUCAUAAUACUCAACAUUGUCAUUUGUUUUCAUAAUUUUCAUAACUAUUUGGAUCGAAUUAGAAGAAAAAGAUAUAAAAGGGAUAUGAGAAAUUAUAAUCCACUCCAGGAGCAGAGUCCAUUGGAGAAUCGAUCGGUUUGUUGCACACUUAUUUUCUUUUUGUGUAUCUUAGCUUAUCUUAUCUUCUCGAAUUCCUAGCGUAAGCUCGUGUAUGUAUGUAGUUUUGCACGAUUAAGAUACUUAGCUAGAGUAUUGGUAAGCUAAGAUUCGUAAUGACAUCUACUUAUAAUAAAUUUAGAAGAAGCGAAACAUUAUUUACUUUUUCAGUUGUUGAUUGACGAGGACGUACGGACGUUGAUCGAUCGACGAGGAUGGUGGAGCUCGAAUCGCAGGAGGCGGUGACGGUCGCCUCCACCGCCGACAUCGCCGUCGACGUCUCGCUCCGGCUUCUCGCCGCCGCCACGUCGCUCGCCGCCGCCGUCGUCGUCGCCGCCAACCACCAGCAGCGCUGGGGCAUCCGCGUCGACUUCACCCUCUUCCAAGUCUGGAUUGGCUUCGUGGCGGUGAACCUGGUGUGCACGGUGUACGCGGCGGCGACGGCGGCGGCGGCGGCGAGGAAGGCGAUGGGGCGGUGGUGGCUGCACCACGCGGACGCGGUGGUGGUGAACCUGGAGGCGGCGGCGACGGCGGGCGCCGGCGCGAUCGGGUCGAUCGCCAUGUGGGGGAACGAGGCCAGCGGCUGGUACGCCGUCUGCCGGUUGUACCGGAGGUACUGCAACGCCGGCGCCGCCGCGCUCGCCCUCUCCCUCGCCGCCGUCCUCCUCCUCGGCGUCGCCUGCGCCCGCUCUCGCUACCCCAAGAUGCCGCCCACCACCUAGCUUAAUUACUCCAUGCUUAAUUUGCUCCAUACAUGUUAUUGUUUUUACAUGUAUAUAUAUAGUUACAGCUUAGAACAUUAUGCAUUUUUUUACGUUUUUUUCUCUAACUACUACUCCCUCUAUUUCAUACCAUAAGUUGUUCGGCUUGUUUUCUAAUCAAAAUUCUUUAAGUUUGACCAA